UCGUGUCCCCGGGCUCCGGAGCGGCGCCCAGAGGAGAUGGUCUCGCGCUCGGCAGCAGCAGGUCAUGUUGUCCGCGCGGCGGGAACCGACCUGCCCGCGUGUCACCUUCAGUGGAGCGGGGGGCGCGACGACUCCGGCUCGAGGACCCGAGACGGGGACGGGCGGGGAGGCGUGUCCUCACAAGCUGGCAUCCACCAAUCACCUGCGACUGCUCCUCUACAUCCUGAUCCCCACCGUGAGCCUGCUGGCCGGUCUCCUGCUGCUCAUCCUCACCCUCACUGGUAUAUUCGGCAGCGGCCUCCUGGACUCCAGCCCCCUCGCCUCCCCCGAGCCCAUCGCCGACAGUGACCCCGGUCACCACGGCAACAGCACAAACCCCCUCCCCACCUUUGAGGCCGAGACCGCCUCGCCCUCCCCCUCCCCCUCGCUACAAAUCCACGACGGCAGCUCUGACGAUGACGUGUACCAUGACGAGAGCACACCUGCGACGGCUGCCAGCUCUCUCCCACCUUCCUCCUCUCAGGCCACGCCCACUCAGCCCUUCACAAACUCUCCUGAUUGGCUGAGCUCUGUGACAUCGCUGAGCUCCGCCUGGCCGACCAGCGCCGCCACGACACCUGACACAGGCGUCUGUCAGCUGAUCGCCGAGCCGCAGUGUCACAUGCUCCCCUACAAUCAAACAUGGCUGUCCUCCUCCGUCGCCGUGGUGAAGAGCUCGGAGGUAGACAUGUUGCUAAGGUUCUUCAGCUACCUCAGCAGACUCUCCUGCUACAGACACAUCAUGCUGUUCGGCUGCUCGCUGGCGCUGCCUGAGUGCGUCACCGGCGCCGACGGCUCGCACAACAGACAGGUCGUGCUGCCGUGUGCGUCGUUCUGCGAGGCGGCGAGGGAAGGCUGCGAGCCCGUCCUCCAGAUGUUCAACGCCUCCUGGCCCGACUUCCUGCGCUGCUCUCAGUUCAGCAACGUCACUUUCACUUCACCACCGCCGUCGCCGACUUUGUCGACGUCGCCAUCGUCGCCGCCCACAGUGACCGCAGGCCCCGCCCCUCCUGCCUGCUACACGCCGCGUCAGAUCAAAGGGAAACCAUCUGUGUGCGGCGGGAAGGACCACUUCCUUUGCGCAACGGGGAUUUGCGUCCCCCAGAAACUGGUGUGUAACGGCUACAAUGACUGCGACGACUGGAGCGACGAAACACACUGCAUCUGCACCGAUGGAGAGUUCCGCUGUAACACCGGUCGGUGUCUCUCGCCCGCUUUGGUGUGUGACGGUUAUGACGACUGUGGAGACGUGAGCGACGAACUGGACUGUGUGUGCGAUGUGGCUCGUGAGCAUCGUUGUGGUGACGGUCGCUGUGUGUCCAGAGACUGGCUGUGUGACGGAGACCACGACUGUCUGGACAAGUCUGAUGAGCUCAACUGCUCCUGUAAGAGUCAGGGUCUGUUGGAGUGCAGGAACGGUCAGUGUGUCCCGUCUGCGUUUCGUUGCGACGGAGAGGACGACUGUAAAGACGGCAGCGACGAGGAGCACUGUAGCAGCGAGCAGACUCAGAGUGUGUGUGUUCCCGGUCAGCCCAGCUGUAUCUCCUCCUGUCCGUCCGUCUGUGCGGCGGGCAGCGCCACAUGUGACCCCAGACACAACAACAACAACAACAACUGCACUCGCUGUGAGCCCAUCAGCCUGGAGCUGUGCAUGAACCUGCCCUACAACCUGACCAGCUACCCCAACUUCCUGGGUCACCUGUCUCAGCGGGAGAGCUCCGUGUCCUGGGAGUCCUCGCUGUUCCCUGCGCUGGUCCAGACCGGCUGCUACCAGUACCUCAUGUUCUACGCCUGCACGCUGCUCGUACCGAAGUGUGACCCCGUCAGCCUGCAGAGGGUCCCGCCCUGCAGGUCGUUGUGUCGUAGCGCGAAGGAGAAGUGCGAGUCGGUGCUCGGCAUUGUGGGUCUGCAGUGGCCCGAGGACUCGGACUGUAGUCAGUUUCCAGAGGAGGGGGGUAACGCCACAUGCCUGCUGCCGGAGGCCGGGGUGGAAGAGUGCUCCCCCAGCCACUUCAAGUGUCGGUCGGGUCGCUGCGUGCUUGCGUCCAAGCGCUGCGACGGACACCUGGACUGUGACGACCACAGCGACGAGGAGAACUGCGGCUGCUCUGAGCGCGCCCUGUGGGAGUGUCCCGGCAGCAACGUGUGCAUUAAAGCCAGCAUGAUCUGCGACGGCAUCCCAGACUGCCCCCUGCUGGUGGACGAGGCCAACUGCUCGGUGUGCAGAGACAACGAGCUGUCCUGCAACAACCACCAGUGUGUUCACCGCACACUGUGGUGCGACGGGAAGAAACACUGCUCGGACAGUUCAGAUGAGUGGAACUGUGUGUCUCUGUCCGAUCGAUCGGGUUCUGUACUGACGGUGUACAGGACGGCAGCAGAGUAUCAGGUCUGUGCCGACGAGUGGAGCCACGAGCUGAGUGAACUGACCUGCAACCAGCUGGGACUAGGGGUUCCCUCCUCGGUCGCCAUGGUAGCCGACCAGACCGGAGUCCCAGGCCGUCGCCGCUGGUUACACGUCCACCCCGAGUGGAACCUGAGGAACGGUUCCGCUCUGCAGGCCCGACUGGAGAAGAGAAGUCAUGCGUGUCAUUCCAGGAGAAGAGUGUCGUUGUUCUGCACCAGAGAAGAGUGCGGUGUCCGUCCAGCCGUGGGCCUCUUCCCCCACCGGAGGAAGAGGAUCCUGGGAGGGCGGGUGACCCGACGGGGGGCGUGGCCCUGGCAGUGCUCGCUGCAGAGCGGGCAGAGCGGACACGUCUGCGGCUGCGUGCUCAUCGCCCGGAGGUGGGCUCUGACCGUCGCCCACUGCUUCGAGGGGAGGGAGAGCGCCGAUCUGUGGAAGGUGGUGCUCGGCCUCAACAACCUGGACCAUCCCGGCGUCCACAGCCAGAGCCGCGGUGUGCGCUCCAUCAUCGUACACCCGCGCUACAACCGGGCGGUGGUCGACUACGACAUCAGCGUGGUGCAGCUGGAGUCUGAGGUGGAGGAGACGGCGUUCGUCAGACCCGUGUGUCUGCCGCAGCCCGGCCAGCUCCCGUCGCCCGACUCCUACUGUUACAUCACCGGCUGGGGUCACAUGGGCAACAGGAUGCCCUUCAAGCUGCAGGAGGGGGAGGUCCGGAUCAUCUCUCUGUCUCAGUGUCAGUCUUACUUUGACAUGAAGACCAUCACUCCCAGGAUGCUUUGCGCCGGUUACGAAGCCGGAACCGUCGACUCCUGCAUGGGCGACAGCGGCGGCCCGUUGGUGUGCGAGGAGGACGCCGGGCGCUGGACGUUGUUCGGCCUGACGUCGUGGGGCAGCGUGUGCUUCAGUAAAGUGCUCGGACCCGGAGUUUACAGCAACGUGACGCACUUCACCCCCUGGAUCCAACAGCAGAUCUACAUCCACACAUACCUGACCGACUGACACACACACACACACGCAAAGCGCUUUCAUUCCAGGGGGAAGUGAUGUCAUCGUCGUUCUCUCACACACACACACACACACACACCUUCCCCUCCUCUACCUGUGCCUAUAUCUAUACUGAGAGCCUUCAGAUGCUACCUGCCGUACGAGCAGUGGUAUGAACUCGUGAGCUAAUAGAGCUGCUGCUGUCGUUGUUAACAAAGAGAAUAGAUCUCACUAACAUAAUGAGUUCAUAUUUUACUAUGGGAGCAAAACAUUAACAUUCACAGCUUCUGUUGACGCGUCAUCGACUCGAGAGUUAGUAGUUUAUUUGUGGCUUAGCAGCAGCAGUGACGGACUGGAGAAACACUUUAAUAGUUUAAUAUUGUGUUCAUAUACUCCAAAGUGAACUGAGCUCAUCGCUCCAACCGUCUGCUUCCUCGUCCGCACGCUAAGUCAAACUCUCAUUCGUUCGAUCGGACGUCGUCACAGAGUUCAGGCGUUCAGACCUGAAGUUCUCAAAGCUGCUAAAAACAGACCAGCCGAGCGCUCAGCGUCCCACAAUGCUUCACUCUCUAGUGCCUGUACUGACCCUCACAGCAACAACAACCUGUUACCUGUACAAUGUCCGACUGUACGUGUGUACUGUACGUAUGUACUGUACAUGUGUACUGUACGUGUGUACUGUACGUGUGUACUGUACGUGUGUGAGUGAGAGACGGAGAGAGAGGAGUCUUUAUUAGUUCUUCUGCCUCUCAACACCAGGCAACUUAAUUGAGCAACUUUGAUGGACAACAUCAGAUGAUCACGUUAUUAACACACACUUCAUUCACAUAUUUUAUACUCGAGGACAGAAACAUUAAUAUCCUGAUAUAUAUUCUUAUCCUGUGCUCUUGUGUUUUAUUUGUAAAAGAGAAUCUCAGGAUUUCUGGGAGCUCCGUCCAGUCCAUCCUGCUCCAGCUCACGUUAACACCCGUACUAACGUGUAUAAACAGUUAAUAACUCGCUGUGAUCUAGUUAUAAGUGUUUAUUAAUGUACCUCACAACUCACGUGACACUUCUGUGCAAACAUUAUGAACGAGAAUAUAGUGAAACGACCGUGGACAAGAACUGAGCAUUAAUAAACAAGUCACAGAUGUAGAUGUAAAAGAUGAAUAGGGAGUUCAUUGAAAUGUUGAAAUGUUCUUAACUGUAGCACAGUGCUAAUGCAGACAACUAAUUAGCAUUGAUUCAUGACGUCAGCUAAGUGAGCUAAAUCAGCUUGAACUGUUCAUUUACGACCUAAUUGGUCAAACUGUCGUAUUAAAAGACGCCAUUUUGGAUAGCUACCUAGGUAUCUCUCAGCUAGCUAGCUAGCUAGCAGACUCUCGCUAACACAAACGAUUAACUGCCAAAUUAGCGCCAGCUAGAUUGUGAAGCACAAACGUAGCAUAUUGCCGACAUGGAUCAUUGAUUAAUGUUUUUUCAUAACGCUGCCACACGUUAGCACUAAGCUACAUUAAUGUAUGCUAUUUUUAGCAUAGCUAGCUAGACUCUACAGCUACACGUAACUAGCAGGCUCAGCUGUUUCUCAACAGUUUGAUAUGAAUUGAAUGUUUCCUUUGUGUGAAUUCAGAAAAUUAUCCUUCCAAUCGUUGUUUUUUCAUUUUCGCCAACGACUCAUAAUCUGAUUGAUUUAGUUGGACGACCGGCGGCUGGAUCCACAUGUUCAAGGAAGAGUUGAAGCGGCGUCAACACACAGUUGUUUAAUGGCCUAGAGUUUGAUCUGGGUCACGUGGUGUCGUUGGCCAACUGAUUCAUUAGAAACAUGAACUGCUGGUUUGGUUUCCUGCAGUUUGGCUCAGAAUCACCUAAAACUAACAGAAGCAGAAAGUUGGACUUGAGGAAGUUCACACAUUUUAAUUUGACGAGUUGGAAUAAGAAAAUAGAACCUCAAGUCAAAGGGCAACACGUUUCUAUCCCAGAGUUGCCCAACCAGUUGCCCAACCAGUUGCCCGUUGUGUCGUCCAUGCGAAGGUCAAACUGACCUCCAGAACAUUCCGAGUGGUCGUCGUCCAUGUUGUUCUGUGCGUUUGGUUUUUUACGAGUAUUUUUCUACAGCUUUUUGUAAAUGUCAUGCUUCACACAGGACUGUUGGUAUGACUGUGUCCUGUACGUGUGUGUGUCCUGUACGUGUGUGUGUCCUGUACGUGUGUGUGUCCUGUACGUGUGUGUGUCCUGUACGUGUGUGUGUCCUGUACGUGUGUGUCCUGUACGUGUGUGUGUCCUG